AGCUACCACGUCGCAGAUGAAGAAUGCAGAUCGCAUUUCUCUCUUGUCGAAUAAUCCAAAAAGUCGGGCUGGUUCGAGAACUACCAUCGAAUCGACCGAGAACCCUUCUGUGAUGAAAGUAUUAUCAAAUACGGAAAGAUCUAAAGUGGAGGAAAGUCCUUACGGUAAACCAUUGGUUACUAAUCUAAACAAGAGAUUGAAGAUUAUGCGUUACACACCUACUCCAAUUAUAUUCAACCAAAAGGAUUUGGCUGUUAUGCGACCGACUUCAGCGCGGUCGCCGAUCAGAUCAAUGAAAUCGUCUUUAUUUAACGAUAAAGAAAAUACGAAAGCAAGGCAAAGUUCCUUACGCACGCAAGUACCAAUUUCUACCAGAUCCAGUAAAAGUAACGAGUCACAAAGAGUCGAUUCAAUCGUCGAAUUUGUUCAAGCGACCCGACAGUAGUAAAUCUAAAUUAGCUACCAGGAGUAAUAUAUCCGGCAACAAGAUGCAUGUUACGUUGAAAAAUCCUAUUGAGAAGAAGUUCACUGAGAGACCGGAUGUCGCGAGAUCCACCAAAACCCCAUUGUUUCCGAGGUUCGGCGGCAGUCCAAAGAGGGAAGGCGUGGAAGCCAAUGUGAUGAUGAACACAAAAAUACCAGUGAUGACGAAGCCUCGGUCCCCCGAGCGCAGGAUGUCGGCUCACCAAAUGCACAGAGAGUCGCCGAAGAAGUUCGAACCGCUCCGAGACAUUGUCACGGAGAGACUGAAACAGCCGCUCUGUAAGGAGAAGAUCGGCCCGCACCCUCAUAUGCAGUUGGCCAGACCUCAUUCGGUAUUAUACAGCAGCAAAUCUUUUAAGCCACAGUUGGAGGAUAUCAAGAGCUCCUUCCUAUUGCUGAACAGACAGACUCGAGAGCCUAAACAGAAAACCAACGAAGUUGAAAAGGGCAUCCCAAGGUCACCUCCACCAGAGAGACGUCCAGUAAUCAAUGAAGAGGAAAGAAAAAGGCAACUAAUGGAAGUGAAAAAGAAAUUCCAGAGCAGAAGGUUUUUCAUAGACUCGAGUGUGUAUUUCCUCCUAUUUCUGUUACUCCUAGUCAAUUUUCUGUUAAACAGUAAAAACACAUGCUAA